CGUUUCAGCAGCGGAUAGAAGUUUCGCAAAGCCGCUCUCCUACUACAUAUUUUGGAUUGCGAGGACCAAAUCCAUCGAGGCACGGAUAGAAGCGACUCAUAUCCAGAGUCCGAUGUAAACCCGAUCACAUGACAGCUACCAGUCUCAGAUUCUGUCACAUGUCCCUUCCACCGCCAUAGCCAGCUAGUCGAGCACAAGACAAUACAGAACAUGGCUAGAACAGCGCAGACUGCUGGUCUCUCCCAGCAGCAAUCUGUCUAUCACACCCAGUCUUUCACCGAUCAUGCUGGACAAUCGGCCACCCGUGUGCGCUAUUCCCCUCACAACAAGCCUAUUCCGUCCAAUUUCCACGCGCAACCAGUUUUCACCUUCCAGAUCUAUACCACUAUCCCACUGGACUUGGAAGAACCCUCUGCAAAGCGCAGCCGUACCUCUGGACCCUCAUCCAAUGCUGAGCGGACCAUUCUCGCUGAUCUCAUCGACUACGUGGGCUUGCAAGUCGCUAGUGAAGCGCAGCGCCCAGAGCCACUCUGGGAGAUUUAUGCUGAGCAGCAGGGCGUCUUUGAGUGUGUAGAGCAUCAGCGCCGAGAAAUUGCACACCGCAAGGCAAAGAAGGAGGACCCGAGUAUCCCUCCGAUCCCAAAGGUUGUGCGCGGCCUUCAUGGCUGUGACAAGACGGGCUUUGCUAUUGUGAUCGACUCGCAAAACUUCAAGAAUGCUGAGUUUGUUGCCGACCAAGACGGCGCUCAGGGCCCGUUGUGGGUGUACUUUGACCGCAAGUUCCCCUCCAAAAUCUCCUGGGAGCCGCGCCUUCGCUUGGAAGCAGACCCUGACAUCAUGGGCUCUGAUAUCUUCGGGCCCCCCGAGCUCCCGACAGUACUCCCUGAAUUGGUCGAUGCCACUUUCCGGCGGAUUCAGCGGGUCGACGGAAUGCGCUCUGAUCUGGGCAUGAUGUACUUUUCUAGCUGCAAGCCCUCUGACCCGCUGCCCUUGGUCCAAGAAAUGAUGGACAUUGGUUGGGAUGAGGAUGAGGGCGGACCAGAUGCUGAAUGGACUACCGGAACCCUCCACAACGUUGCGCUAAGGCUGUCUCUGGACGACUACAACGUUUCUAAACCAAGUGCGACCGAAAUCAAAAUUUCAAGCACCACUGGUAUCUCGGAGCCUGAUCUUCGUUAUAUCAUCCACGUGCCCUUCCUAAACGAGACUGGCAUGAGCGACAAGCUGGAACAGGCAGCCAGGGCUUUUACCUAUGAAAUUACAUCUCGGCUCUCUGGAAAUACAUCGAUUUCAUUUGAAUUCUACAAACCGCCGUCCAAGUCUCUCUCGUCUAUCCUUACGGCACACCGAAACAAGAAUCAAUCGGAAAACUACAUUGGCGCCCUCACUACCUUCUCUAGUGACCCUAUCCGUGCCUAUCCUAUUGCACGUACAGAACAUGCCGGCGAGAAUGACCCAGAGAACGUUCCGUUUGUACCUUAUCGCACUUUCGUCGUCGUGUUGGAGCGGCCUGACUUUGCUCAAGUCGAGGGCGGUGUGCUGUUCCUACUUGCCGAUGGUGGCAAACCCAAGCCUAGUGCUGGUCAGGAACUGCCAGAUAGCAUGAAGCUGGAGUUGCAGGAUUACGUAGAGAUGGAGUUGUGGCGGUGUGCAGGCAUGGACGAGGUAGCGCGGCGCCUCCAGAUGAUUUGGGGGGGUGUAACGUGGGAACAAGGUGGUGGGGUUGAGAUCACACAAUAGCCUAUAUAUCGUGUGAAGGCAGACUCGUAAAGACACUGUUACAAUUGGUACCAUCCGAAGAUUCCUUGCAGCAGCUAUUUCUAAUCACCGUCCAAGUUGGGACAUAGCUGCUGCGCGACAGAGCUUCCAAUAACACACUCCACGUAUUGAGAUUACCGUUCUGAACACCGUAGACCAGACAGUUAUAGACCCAACGCGCCAUGUGUGGCCCCGUCCCACAUCAUAUACCUACUAACCGUACUCGUCGCACUGCCCUGUGUGCCUGGAAUCGGCGCAUUGGGGCUGUUCGCGUCCAGCGGGAAGUGCAUCUGACUCGCAGAAACCAUCCCAUUCGCCUGCAUGUAACUUCGCGCAAAUCCGCCUCCCGCGCCACCCACCUUCCCCAAAGCAAGGAUCACCCAGCUUGGAACCUGCUGCUCGAUCUUGUAGAGGUGAUUGUCAAUCCAGUACGCCCACAUGGUCCGCAUGCCCC